AUGGAAGAAAUUGGGAAAGUUGCCAAAAAGCUAGCAUCCCUCACACCACGAGGCUCAUCUGGUGUCACAGAUAUUAAAAAUAUUCUCUCUGUCUCUCUCUCUCCUCUCUCACUCUCUUUAAAAAAAAAAAAAAAAAGAAGAAGAAGAGAGACCUUAAGCAACCUUCUGGAUUCAGAAGCUCAUGAAAAGAGACCACCAAUCCUUACAUCUUCAAAACAAGACACCUCACCUCACAUUACAAAUGUUGGUGAGAUGAAGCAUUACUUAUGUGGCUGCUGCGCAGCUUUCAACAAUGUAGCCAUCACAUUUCCCAUUCAGAAGAUCCUUUUUCGGCAGCAGCUCUAUAGAAUCAAAACCCGGGAUGCAGUGCUUCAGUUGAGGAGGGAUGGAUUUAGAAACUUGUAUCGUGGAAUCCUUCCACCAUUAAUGCAGAAAACCACCACCCUGGCACUUAUGUUUGGUCUGUAUGAGGAUUUGUCUUCCCUUCUCCAAAAGCACGUCAGUGCCCCAGAGUUUGCAACCCGUGGCGUGGCAGCAGUACUUGCAGGGACAACAGAAGCCAUUUUCACUCCAUUGGAAAGAGUUCAGACAUUGCUUCAAGACCACAAGCAUCAUGACAAGUUCACAAACACUUAUUAGGCUUUCAGGGCACUGAAGUGCCAUGGAAUUGGAGAGUAUUAUGGAGGUUUGGUACCCAUUCUAUUCCGUAAUGGAUCCAGCAAUGUCCUUUUCUUUGGUCUCCGAGGUCCCCUUAAGGAGCACCUGCCUACUGCAACGACUCACAGUGCUCAUUUGGUCAAUGACUUUAUCUGUGGAGGUCUACUGGGUGCCAUGUUGGGAUUCUUGUUUUUUCCAGUUAAUGUUGUAAAAACUCGAAUACAGUCUCAGAUUGGUGGAGAAUUUCAGUCUUUCCCCAAGGUUUUCAAAACAAUCUGGCUAGAACGGGACAGAAAAUUGACAAAUCUUUUCAGAGGUGCCCAUUUGAAUUACCAUCGAUCUCUCAUCUCUUGGGGGAUAAUCAAUGCUACUUAUGAGUUCUUGUUAAAGGUUAUAUGAGAAAAGUCGUUGGUGAAGUGCCAUGUAUUAACUAAAUAGACCUAAGAAUGCAGUUUGGUCUUAUUCCUAAUUGGCUCAAAUAUAAGUUGGUGUCACUAAGUCCAGGCUGAAUGAAUUAUGGGCAAAGUUAAUUUCCUUAAGCCUCAACAACAAAAAUAAACAAUAAAAAGUUUCAGUA